AGAUGAUCCUCUCCCUCCCUGUCGAUCUUUUCCCUCAAGAUCGGCAAAACAUGGCGUAAUGAUCUACGACAGAUGAAUUGGUGUGGUUUCGAGAUCCUUUUAUUACACGUCCUCGAUCCUUCCCCGAUCCUUUCCGAAAGAAUCUUGCUCGUCCUUAUAAAUCGUCUUCUUGCUGAUGUGCGGACUUGUGAAUGCGAAGAUGAAUACGCAGGAUAUCAUAGAGGAGCUAACGCAGGUCUGCAUUCAAAUGCGUCUCCAUCUGGACGAUCUGACAGAACAGAAGGAAAAGCAAACGUUGAUCCUGAAACACAUCAAGCGGUUCGAAAACAGUGGAACGGAAGCUCUCGAUUUUCCAAAAGGUUUGGAAUGGUUUAACGUGUCAGAGGGACUGUCGCUAGCACAUAAUCUCAAGGGAAAAAUUGUGCUAUUGGAUUUUUUUACUUAUUGCUGUAUCAAUUGCAUGCAUGUUCUGGCCGAGCUGGAGGAAGUUGAGAAGAAAGUCUCGAUGGAGGAUGGUCUUGUCGUAAUUGGAAUUCACAGCGCGAAGUUUACCAAUGAGCGCAAUUCGAAGAAUAUCUUAUCUGCUGUACAAAGAUAUAAUAUCAUGCAUCCUGUGGUAAAUGACGUAACAUUAAGAAUGUGGGAUGAUAUGGGAAUAACGUGUUGGCCUACUCUGGUUAUGUUAGGACCUAGAGGUCAACCGCUGGCUGUUUUCGUGGGUGAAGAUCACAAAGAUGAAAUAUUAUUAUAUACGAAAGUAGCGUUAGCACAUUUCAGAUCCUUAAAUCAGAUAUCGAAUCACAGUCUUCCAUUGAAACCAGCGCACCAUCUUUUACCAUCUUCUAAAGACGGUUUGUUAUUUCCGGGUAAACUAACGGUUCUUCAGUCGGAACAAGGGACGAAGCUGGUCAUAUCGGAUAGUGGUAACAAUAGAAUCGUGAUUGUGAAUGAGCACGGAAAGAUGGAGAACGUCAUAGGCGGAUGCAGUCAAGGCUUUAAAGAUGGCAAUUUUAAGAAUGCUAAAUUCAAUUCACCUCAGGGAGUCUGCGUACUCAAUAAUAUAAUUUAUGUUGCGGACAAUAAUAAUCACGCUAUUAGAAAAAUAGAUUUAACUGAAAAAACUGUGUCUACCGUAGCCGGUACUGGUUCACAAGGUAAUGAUCGUUCUGGUGGUAAACAUAGUACCGAUCAAGCCCUAUCAUCUCCUUGGGAUGUGGCAAUUUAUCAUCACGAAUAUAAAGAUAUCGUUGUACCAGUAUUGCUAAUUGCCAUAGCGGGUACUCAUCAGAUUUGGGCGUUAUUUUUGGAAGAUACUGUUUGGUGGAAGGAAAAAAAAUAUACAGCAGGCACAUGCGCUGCUAUCGUCGGAAGUGGUCGGGAGGAAAAUCGCAACAACAAUUAUCCUCAUGCUGCGGGUCUGGCACAACCCUCUGGCAUUGCGGUUGUUCAGGAACGCAAAGCUGCGUUUUUUGCAGAUAGUGAGAGCAGUGCUAUCAGACAGUUGCAUUUAGAUAGCGGUCAAGUAUCUGCUGUUUGUGGAGGGCAUAUGAAUCCAUUGAACUUGCAUGCUUUUGGGGAUGUAGACGGAAAGGGACAUUCAGCUAAACUUCAACAUCCAUUGGGAAUAACGUGGAAUCAUUCGGACAAACUACUUUACGUGGCUGACACUUAUAAUCAUAAGAUUAAAAGUGUAAAUAUUACGGGGCAAUGCAAGACACUAUUCGGCCACGGAAAACCUGAUCGUACAUUUACCUUUAAUGAACCGAGUGAUCUGGCUGUCAGUCCAGACGGUAAUAUUCUUUACGUAGCAGAUACCAAUAAUCAUGUUCUUAAGAUUAUCGAUUUGAAAAACAAGAAGAUUUCAACUAUGGAAAUUACGUCCUCCCAUAGUUUGUAUAAAAACACUAACAAUGUGUUUGCUUUCGAUGUAACACUUAAUACACGCGGCGGAGAACUAAACGUUUCAUUUAAUAUCAUCUUUACGAAUGGUUUGAAAUUAGAUGAAAAUGCACCACAAAAAUGGCAAGUGUCACUACCCGCAAAUACGUGGACAGCGAAAUCUUUGACCGAUAGACUUUCAACGCCUGUAUCGGUGAAACUUCCCGAAGGAGAAACGUGCGAACAAUUGUCUAUCGUGUUAAAUAUAAUAGCUUGCGGAGCGGAUGUCUGUAUGCCGCUACAGUUGCCUAUAUUACUCAACGUGCAACGAAAAGCAGAUGCACCGACAGUUGUGACCGAAGAGAAGGAACUCGUCAUUAGUUAGAAAACGUUUUAUCAUUGAUUAGAAAGCGCUCUAUCCUUUCAGUGUAUAUCGAAAAAUGCAAAUACGCUCGUUCAGAGAACACAAUAGUUGAAUGAGCGUUCAGUAAUCGUUGCCUGUGAUUACAGUGAAUCUUUAGAUUCCAAUUAAAUUUAAAAGAAUAUACCAAUGAUAGCAAGCACUCACUCGACAAUUGUAUAAUUAUAUAUUUUCUGAAU